CAAUAAAAACAAUAUAUCCCACAACCGACCAGUUGACCACCUCUCCCGGCCCCCCAACAUUUCCUUCUCUUUUCUCGAUCUUUCUCUGUGUAUUACCCUUCCUUGCCUGAAAAUGGCGAUUAAUCCCCAAAACUUGGAAAAGUCUGACCAGAUGAAAUGGGGCUCAGAGUUGCAGGGCUCAGGCCAGGUUAGAUCAUAUACCUGUGCCUUUUGCCAGAGAGGCUUUUCAAAUGCACAGGCUCUAGGGGGUCACAUGAAUAUCCAUCGAAGGGAUAGAGCCAAGCUUAAACAAGCUGCCGAUGAAAACUCUCUCCCUCCGGAGUCCACACUGAAUCCCGCCCAUCAGGAGCCUCGAGUUUUGGAGGAGAAAUUUUUAUUUCAACUAGAGUCACGUGAAGAAAAGAGUUGCAGUCCUAAAAAGCCAUGUUCUCUCAAUCUGGAAGAUGAUAAUAGGGACGAAAUUGGUCUAGAAGAACGUCACCAGCUUCCCUUGUUUUUUGAGAGACCAUCGGCCCAAAAGGCAGGUGGUUGUGCCGGCGGGAAUGAAGAGAAGGGGAUUCCAGCGCCUUCGCAGGUUACGGCAGGACUGGACCUAGAACUUCGGCUGGGGCCUGAGCCUCAAGAAACAAGAGAAUACUUUUGAGUCGGAAGUCAUGAGCUACUGAAAGAGGUUAUUUUUUUUUAUAUCCACCUCUUUAUCUACUCUCUCUAGUUAAAAGAUUAUAUCAAUUGCCUUAUUAUUGCAAUUGAUGGGACGACAUAUAUAAAAUGGCGAUCAGUAUUGAUAUUGUUUGUAAUCCUUGCUGCUAUUUCAGCUGGCUUUGUAAUUCUUUGUAUAUCUUUGUUGUUUUUUGGACACUCUCUCAUUUAUUGUAAAACUUAAAAUAUUGCUUGUAA